AUGGAGGGUCUUUUUUUCAACGUCAACAGCGGUUAUAUCGAGGGUAUCGUCCGUGGUUAUCGGAACAGCCUCCUAACCGGCCAACACUACUCCAACCUGACCCAAUGCGAGACGAUUGAUGAUGUCAAACUUCAGCUCGCCCCCGCCUAUGGCGACUUCCUCGCCUCCCUCCCUCCUAACCCUUCUACCUCUGCCCUGGCGGGCAAGAUGACGGACAAGCUGGUCGCUGAGUUCCGCUACCUCCUCGCGCAGGCCACGGGGUCCACCGCCAAAUUCCUGCAAUACCUUACGUACGGGUACAUGAUCGAUAACAUCGCACUACUCAUCACCGGUACUCUGCACGAGCGUGACACUCGCGAGCUCCUCGAGCGAUGCCACCCCCUAGGCUGGUUCGAGACGCUGCCUGUACUUUGCGUCGCCACGAACAUCGAAGAACUCUACAACUCUGUGCUGGUUGAGACGCCGCUGGCCGGUUACUUCAAGAGCAGCCUGAGCCAUCAGGAUCUGGAUGAACUGAACAUUGAGAUCGUGCGCAACACGCUUUACAAGAAUUACUUGGAGGACUUUCACCAGUUUGUCACCACACACCCUGAUUUCAAGGGCACUCCCACGCAAGAGGUCAUGUCCGAGAUCCUGCAGUUUGAGGCAGACCGCCGUGCAAUUAACAUCACGCUGAACUCGUUUGGAACGGAGCUGUCGAAGCAGGAGCGGAAGAAGCUGUACCCGGAGUUUGGCAAGCUGUAUCCAGAGGGAUCGCUGAUGCUUUCGCGCGCCGAUGAUAUUGAAUCCGUGGCUCUGGCUGUAAGCAUCUCUGCGGACUACAAGGCAUUCUUUGAUGCUGUUGGCCUUACUCAGGGCGGUGGUGGCCUAGGUGGCAUGGGUGGUUCGGAUGGAAAGAGUCUGGAGGACCUGUUCUACCAAAAGGAGAUGGAGCUGAGCAAGGUUGUCUUCACACGGCAAUUCACCCCGGCCGUGGUGUACGCGUGGAUGAGACUGAAGGAGCAGGAAAUCCGCAACGUUACAUGGAUUGCUGAGUGCAUUGCCCAAAAUCAGAAGGAGAGAAUUGGAAACUUCAUUUCCGUUUUCUAG